AUGGGGAUGCUUAUUCUAGAGGAUAGGAUGGAACAUGUUCCUGGCACCACUAGAUAUUUUGAUGACCCGGAAAGACCCCAAGUCGCAAGUGCUGCAUCUGCCGGCUUGAAGUGUGAUACAUCGGGUCCUGUUCCUAUCAUUCUCGUCCCGCAACCCAGCGAUGACCCCAGGGAUCCACUGAAUUGGCCAUUAUGGAAGCGCGAUGUUAUCCUCCUGGUCCUCUCAGUCGUUUCGAUAUUCGCAACCUGUCUGGGUCCUAUCCUCGCUGCGAAUACCCUAACUCUGUCAUUGCAUUUCGAGUUACCAUUUACAGAGAUUGCGAUUCUGACGGGGUACUAUCUGAUGGGCGUAGGAGCUGUUGGAAUCUUCUACAUACCGUCGGCUAGAAUAUGGGGCAAGAGACAUCAAUUCCUUCUUGGGACGGUCAUCUUGAUUUUCUCAAGUGCUUGGGGAGGUGCUUCCAAAUCUUACGCAAGUCUGGUUUGGGCAAGGAUAUUCCAAGGGAUAGGAACAGCUCCCUUCGAAGCUUUAGUCAACGCUACCGUUGGCGAUAUAUAUUUUGUUCAUGAACGUGGUAAACGUAUGGCUUUGACUAACCUUGCAGUGUUUGGUGGUUGCUUCUUUACACCAAUUCUAGUUGGUAAAAUUACCCAUACAAUUGGUUGGCCAUGGUCGUUCUACUUUGUCGCUAUCUUCGUUGGAGUUUGUCUUCCACUUGUGAUCUUUUUCGUUCCCGAAACCGCAUAUGUACGACCUCUUCAUUUUGACACCGAUCUGGCAUCUACCGAUGAAAUAGACCAAUUUAUAUUGAAACCAGGUCAUGAAUUAGAACAAAUACUUCGGGGACCUAAUACGACAGAAACCACCGUCACAGCAAAUAGUAAUGGUAGCUUGUCCCCGCAUGAUAAACCUAGAACGCACAUUUCAUAUGGCAAAGGUAAAUCGAAUUACAGGAGCACUCUCAUGCCAUUUAGUGGUCGCUACUCCGAUGAAAGUUUCUGGAAACUUUGUUUGCGCCCAUUCCCUCUGUUUUUUCAACCAGCAAUCUUUUGGGCCUGUCUUAUUCAAGGGGCCCUUAUUGGCUGGACCGUCUUCAUUGGAAUCAUUCUUGCGGCAAUCUUUCUUGGCCCUCCUCUUUUCUGGGACGAAGUCAAAACUGGUUAUGCAUAUACGGGUGCGUUCGUCGGCGCGAUUCUUGGCUUCAUUGUCGCGGGUGUUCUCUCUGAUUGGAGUGCCAAAUAUAUGACGAGAAAGAACAAGGGUAUAUACGAGCCAGAAUUCAGAAUCUUAUUGGUGAUUCCACAGUUUAUCUUUGGGUGCGCGGGGCUAUAUGGAUUUGGGAUUACGGCAAAUAGACCAGUGGAUUUUGGCUGGUUUUGGCCAAUUUUCUUCUUUGGCUUAGAGGUUAUGGGAAUGGUCAUUGGAGCUGUGGCUAGUUCUCUUUAUAUUGUUGAUGCGCACAGGGACAUCGCUAUCGAAGCAUUUACUUGCCUUUUGAUAUUUAAGAACUUCUUCAGUUUUGGCCUCACAUGGAGUGGAUACGAGUGGCUUGUUAAGAAUGGCGUUUAUGAUACCUUUAUGAUCAUUUCAAGUAUCCAGGUUGGCAUUUGUCUGCUAAGUGUUCCAAUGUAUGUAUUCGGAAAGCGGAAUCGGGCGUUCUUUCACAAGCAUGAUAUCCUUGGACUUUUGGGUUUGAGGUGA